UGAGGCGGAGUAAGGUGAGAAGUCCUUGAGUUCCUGCAAACUAACAUGAAAAUUUCUGACUUUUUACAAACCUAAGGCGUCUUUUUGAAGAUGCGGAGACGUCACAAACAAGGUGCUUUGUCGACAAAUGGAAUGCGCUCGAUGUGGGAAUUUGUUUUUGUUUCCCAGUUCCUGCGGGUAUUCCAGGGGAAGUUUGGUUUCGUCUGCUUCACGGCCGAGGAAUUAGAGAAUGCCUUCUUGGAGUCUGAGAACUCGACACUGUUUGGAAUAUUUAUACAACUGCUACGAACUCUACUUCCCAAACGGGAUGUGAAACAAAACACAUGGCAGGAAGUCCUCGAAGUAGAGCUGGAGAGGAGAUCCUCGGACAGGUCUCUCUUCGACGAGGGAAAGCGUUAUGUAGACUUAAAACCCGAGGAUCGUGUGUUGCUGUUGAAACAACUGAUAUAUUAUUUGGCAGACCACCUUGCAGCGAGUAAAGAUGAACAAUUAAAAGAGUUUACAAAGAACUUUUUAAAUCCAGACUCUUCAGGAGUGAAGCCCAUCGGUCGUGAUGCCUCCAAUAACAUUUAUUGGUACUUUGAUGAUUUGAGACUUUACCGUGAACUCAUUGGAAAGAAGGGUCGCCGAACAGGCUGGGAGACUGUCUGUUUAAAUUGCCAAGACUGGGAGAAGCUUCUGAGCUCUUUUCAGAAGUCAAGCAAUAGUAAUGAGAAAAAGCUGUACAAGUACCUGAAGAAUGAGCUGUAUCCUGCUGUCAUGCCAUCAGUAAAGGAGGAUGAGAAAGAAAAGGAACUGGAGACUUUGAAGAAGGACAGGUCUUCCAAGGCAAAUCAGAAGGCAGCUGCCAAACAAAAAGCAGAUAAUGAUGCAGUAGUUGGAAAAGAAGGCAAAUUGGAGAGAAUAAAGGGGAACAAGCCAGAAGAAGACGACGAUCUCGGUGCCCAGGAAGACCAAGAGGAACAGGAAGACGACACCGCGGAAGAAGACCAGGACGAAGACGACGUUUCGGACGCUGAGCGAGAACUUGAACUCGACGAGGAAGACUCUCCUCGGCCAAGGAAGAAGAGAAAGAGGCCAGCACCUGAACAGGGAACACAAAGGAGGCGAGGGCGACCACCAGCCACCAAAAGAGAUCUGGGUAUUAUGGACGAGAACAAACCUAUGGAGCGAGCUGAGAGAAGAAGGAAGAAAAGUGAGCUCGAAGAGAAAGUCGAGAAGGACAUGGAGAUUCCGAUGGGUCAGAGGGACCCAGGCGUCGCAGAAAGCAAAAAGUUCUAAGGCCAGUGGAAAUUCCCGAACCACCCAAUAGGAUUUACGUGUUUUCUACAAGUCUCGCGAACAGAGCAGCAGAGGCCGUGCAGAUGGGUCGAGUGGAAAAUAUCACUGCUUAUCACAGAGCGCAACCAUCAAGCUCGCCGUUUCUUAAACUGGAACAAACGAACUCAAUGAACAUGUUUGGCAAACAAAAGUCAUUUUAUCCCCAGCAGUUCCCCAUGAGGGGCUCUGGUGGCCCCGUCAUGUCAGGUUACUCAGGAAUUCCGGGCUCUCAAGUGAACGCGCGGCCAGGUUACGGAGCAUCACAGUGGGAACAUAUGCAGCAGCAGUCACAGCAGCCCCUCUACAAGGAUAGACAAAGACUACAGACCCAGACACAAGCUAUGGAGGACAUUCAUCAGUUGCUGUUUGGAAAUUCGCAAAGUAGUAGCAAUCAGAGCACAGUGACAGGGAUGAAUGGAAUGUACUCUAGAAGUGGUUUUAAUCAGCAAGGAGCGCUAGGAGGGGAACAAUCUCCUUACAGUGGCUAUCCGCGAAGUGGAGCGCCUCAACAUCAGGGUUCUUUUAUGGAAAGGCGGCCUCAGGAAAUGCGUGGGCAAGUGCAACAAUCCCACUUUCCAGCUUUUAGUCAGCAGCAAAGUUCGCAACAGCAGGGAUACUUUCAGAGACCAAGGCAUCUCGGGGGAAUCCAAACGCAAGGAAACUCGAAUUCUCCUUCGUCAGAUCCUUUGGGAGCGGGAGUACGGUCUCCUCCUCCUCCUUACCCAGGAGGGAGAGUACCAGACUCCAGGCAUCCAAAGAACAGUCCCGUGCCUUCUCCAACAAGUACAGGGUCUCCGCACACUCCUCAGACUCCAUUAACACCCCAGACUCCGAGAUUUCCCGGCCCAUCACCCAACGAACCUAGCAAGCCACCAUUCUCUCCGUCUCAUCCUCAGAGUAGCAUGAGUGGUCCAGGAAUGGCCAGUUACCCUGUUCAGCCACAGCAGCAUCAAAAAGUGGUGCAAGGUGACGACAGGCCGAUUAAUUCUCAAACUCGGCCAGGAUUUAUUGAACUUUCUCCAAAGACUCUGCCGCACGGAAUGCAGAAUCCUUACACAUCUGUUAUGGGCAAUUAUAAUCAGUCUCAUUCACCUUUGGAUGGUCGUAGGCUUGAAGAAAACAAGUCACCUGCAUUCGGUGCACCUGGUAAUCACCAUAGCCCUCUGCACUCGCCCACCGAGCAUGCGCCUACCGCUGGCUCUCACUAUAGCAGUGCACCUCCUAACAAGAGCCCUUUUUUGAGACCAGUCGGUCAAACCUCACACAAUCCGCACAGUCCAUAUGCAACAUCAUCUUCCGUUUCCAUUCCAGGGUCCAAGUCAUUUUCAGUGGAGAGUCUAACUGCGCCAAGCCAGCCUCCUUUGGAUAAAAGUACCAUUCCUCCAUCACAAUUAUCUGAACAACCCAUGCCUCAAUACAGUGGGCUAUAUUUUCCAUCGAAUAAGUACCCUCCGAUGUUUGGUCAGCCACAGUACCAAUAUCCUAGUCACAUACAGCACCCUGGAGCAUUCUACAACUCGCAGCUGACACCCAACAUGUACCUUGGAAGGGCUUCUCUUCCCGUGUACCCUCCAAAUAGAGAUUCUGGUCUUUAGUCCAGGUGGUUUGAGACGCAAUGUUUGUUGAUUAUCGUGUCAUGAAAUGUUUCUCGAACGAGAAAUCCCAAACAGUGAAGAAUGGUGACACAAAGUGAUUUCUGUUUGUAUACUUGAAAGGGGCCUCGUGGAGGAGAUCGAAAAACCAGUUGUUCUAAAAUACGAGAACAGUAAUUUUGUGACAAGUAGUGAGAUUUCAGAGCUGAAAAGUUUACAGCUUCGAAUUUGUUGGUUUGCCUUUGUUGGCAGGCAAAGCAAAAUAAAUCACAAAUGCAGUUGAACUUUAGCCAAGGGAAAACAACUGGGGCAAGACUAGGAGGCCGUUAAUUAUCUGGUAGGCUUUAAGUGAAAGCUUUAAGAGGACAGUGGAAUAAAUACCUUCUUGGACUCCCCCUCGCAGGAAAACAAACACUGCGGAGUAGCAUGACCACAGUAAUCCGAAGCUAAAACUAAAAAGUACCUGUGUUAUUGAUUUACACCAACUGGCACACUGCAGUAGGAUCAGAUACCUUCCAAGCUCCUAGUCCUGAAUUCGAAUUUACUGAAAACUGAUGAAGGAACAAUGUUAUAGACCGCUUGUGAACACACAAAUGUAUCUUAUUCAGCUCUCCAGUUGGUUGAUGAUUUUCACCAUGUCCCUUUGUUGUAAGUAGAGCGAAAGUCUGAAGAUAAAAAAGGUUGUUUUUGUAGAGCGUUAAAAGUAAAUUAAGUUCAUAAGCAUCCUUUCAUCUUUUGACAUAAUGGUAGUAACUUGACUGGUAACAAGCAGUCCUUAUGAGGGUAACGACAAUCAAAGUCAUAUAUUUCAGAAAACUAGAGCAUCUAGACUAUCCUGAAAACAUUUUCAUUCUUUCACUCGUGAAUCGGUUGUAACUUUGCAGCUUAGAAUUUGGUCCAAGACACACCCUUAGGCAACAUUUUUUUCUCUUUUUUUUACUGUUAUUUUCUAUACGCACCUUGUUUUAUCGGUUAGUUUGUUAUCCAUAAUAACCCUGUACAAGUUCGUGGUUUGUUCUUUGUUAAUCAUUUAAGCUGAAUUGUAUGUGUUACAAUGAAGGAGAGUGUAAUGUGAAA